GUCGGGCGCGUAAAUCCAUCGAAGCAGACGUUUCCCUCGAGCUCGAGCAGCCAAUCUCACUCGCCUUCCUCGCUCCGCCUCCUCCUCCUCCUCCCGCGAAUCGAUCUCCGCCUCCUCCCCGCCGGAAGCCGCCGCCGAGCAUGAGGUCAGCUCCGUCGCUCGUCUCUCUCUCCCUGGAAGCCGUCGAGAACGAGCUCCUUCGAGGGGACGAUCUCCUUCCGCACGUCUACGAGCUCCCGGCGCAUCUGUUCGACACCCUGGUGGCUCGCUUGCCGCCGCUGAGCUUGCAGAAGCUGCAGAACGGGAUGCCGAAAUGGAAACGGGACGAUUAUGACGCGAAUGAUUGCUUCACGAAUGGUAGAAAACGCGCGAGGAAUGGGAGCUUCGACGAUGCGUGGAGGUCAUUGUUUAAGCGGCGCUGGGCGGAGCUCGUUGACCAGGUGCGACCAGCUGAUUGGCAACAGGCUUACUGGGAGAUGCACUUGCGGAAUUGCAUAGAUGAAGCAGCGGAGGUUGCAUUGCUCCCGUCCUUUGAUGGGAAACUAGGCGAAAUAAGAAUUUCAGAUGCUAUGUUGAAAUUUCUCGGGUACGAGGGGCAAACUGAUGCUUUAACAUCCAAGUACUCAAAACUUUAUCAGCAUUGCGAACGCUUUGGACACUACAUUAGAUAUCUUAGACUUCAAAAUGUGCUAUGCGUUGAAGAAACUUGUCAUUUGUUGAAGAAUUCUAGAUUGGAAAGCUUGGUACUUCAGUGGAUCAGAACGAAGGAGCAUGUUCAUGGUUUAUGCCAACUUCUGCUCCAGAACUCUGAAACAUUGACAUCCCUUGAAUUUAUUCACUGCAAACUUCCUUCAACUUCAGUGAGUUCAAUAUGUGCUUCGCUUCAUGUUAAGGGAAUGCAAUCUCAUGGAAUAGUGCAAUUCUCCGUUCACGCAUCAAGCUUUCUCGACAGCAAUUCGGUCUUUCCUUCUGAAUUCUCGUCAUUUCUUUCAUGCGGAAGGCACUUGUAUUCACUGAGAUUUUGUGACGCCCACCUGGAUAGACACUCCGCUGGGUUGGUAUUUACUACACUUCUUGAUGCUUCAUCUGACCUAUCCAUCCUUGAUCUCUCUGAUAAUGAGAUAGCAGGAUGGCUUUCUAGUUUCACCUGGAAAUAUAAAGGGAGCGCGAUCUCAUCUAUCGGAGCUAGCAAAUCAUUGGCUUCAUUGUGUGUGCUCAAUCUGAGGGGAAAUAAUCUUCACAGAGAAGAUGCAGACAAUCUUAGACAUGCUCUUGCUCACAUGCCUGCCUUGCAAACACUAGAUUUAAGUGAGAAUCCCAUUGGGGAUGAUGGACUAAGACAUCUAAUUCCCUUUUUGGUUGAGGCAUCUGGAAAAGGCUUUUUCUUGGUUGACUUAAGUCUGGAAAACUGCGAGCUUUCAUCCGACGGAGUUAUCGAAUUCUUAAGUACCCUAUCCACCUUAGAUAAAACACUUGGUUCGCUCUCUAUUUCAGAUAAUAGGCUUGGCAGCCAUGUAGCAGAAGCCUUGCUAAAGUUAUUGGGCACAGCAAUUCCAGUACUUAAUAUAAGUGGUGUUGGAUUGGAUUCUUCUGGCUUUCAAGAGUUACAGAAAGUAUCAUGCAAAUCUUUGAAGCUUGUCAAAAUUGAUAUAAGUAAAAAUCGCGGUGGGAUUGAAUCUGCCAAAUUUUUGUCAAAGCUUAUCGAAUGCGCGCCACAGCUCAUUGCAGUCAAUGCUGCGUAUAAUCUUAUGCCUCCAGAGUCCCUCACAGUCAUAUGCUCAGCAUUGAAAGUUGCGAAAGGUAAUCUUGGGCUCUUGGACUUGAGAGGUAAUAAUUUGGACAAACUUGCCAAUGAUGCGAGCAUGCUUGUUGAUCUUCAACGGGAUGGAAGACUUCGUAUAGUUUUUGAAUCGUCACCAACCUCAGACGCCCCUUAUGAUGAUGAUCCUUGACACUGUCUUGGAGCAUUCGGAAUGUGCAAAAUCUUCUGAUUCCACACACUUUGGGCUUGAAGAUAGAACCUCUUCUCGUUACACAUGCCCUGCCAAAUGUGACAAUUGGGUACUCUUGAUUGCAGUUGAGAGCAUCAGACUACAUUUGGUCUUCAUAGACUGGGAGGUCACCAGCCAUCUCAAGUGGCAUUGUCGUUUAGGGCUGUACAGAGCCUUUCGAACUUAAGGGGCACUGGGUUUUUAUGGCCAAUACAAGAUUCGGGCAAUUUUUUCUUCGCUGAUGGAGUAUGAUUAGCCGAUGUGCACGUACAAUCUCACCAGCGUACAUGUUUCUCCUUCAGACUGUGAGCUGUAGCUGGACUAUCUUAGCUUUUGACUAUCUGCUGUUGGAGUUUCUUUGGCACUUCUAACUCAGGGAUCUAAGUAGGCGCCUAUAUGAAAACUUCGUCCAAUUGCGCUAA